GAAAAAAAAGGAAACUUUAUGAUCGUUCGGACAUUAACGUUAUAAAAAUCCUCGUCCGUUUUCACUCCACAAUUCUGUAAAGUUAACGCGUGAAGGGGUUUUGGAUUCGCUGAUUGCAGGUCUUGAUCCUUCUGUUCUAUCCCAACUUUGUUUAGGGUUUUCCUCUGGAGUUCUUUGAGGGUUGUUCCGGUUAUUGAGAAGUGAACAGCUCCAAUUUUCUUUGGCUUUUUCAGUCAUUAUUCCUUUUCAAAGGGUGAAGUAAUAGAGGUUGAAGAUGGGUCGUGCGAAAAGGAAGUAUGAACUCAUUAAGAAGGAAAGAUCUCGCAACACCACUUUCCAUAAGAGAAACAACAGUUUAAAGAAGAUGAUCUCUGAGUUCUCCACACUAUGUGAUGUUGAAGCAUGUUUGAUCACCUUCGGACCCAUGAAAGGUACUGAACCAGAGACUUGGCCAGAGGAUCGUGAAGAUGUCUUCAAAAUCAUCGAUCGGUUUAAAGAGAAUUGCAAAGCUACAAAGGAAAGAAAGACUCAACACAUAGGCCUUCAUGAAUUCUAUGAGGAUCAAAUUAAGAAGCUAAGUAAAGAGUUGGCUGAGUUGCAGGAAAGCAAUAACAAGACUAAGUACCCUAACUGGGAUGACCAUAUAGGCAGUUUCUCUGUUGAUCAGCUCAAGACUCUUGCUGCAUCCUUAGAUUCCAAGAUUGAAUUCGUUGAGGGGAUGAUUGAUCUCAAUGAAGGAAACUACUAUGUCUUGGAUGAGGUCACAAGGUUGAUGGAAUGCUCAAACCCACCAUUGAAUCAAAACCUUCCUCCUCAUUGUGAUGACCUACACCAUCAGGACCACCAGCACUAUAAUUUGGAUCCAUCUCUUGUCUACCAAACUACAUCAUUGAUCAACGAUCAGGAUUGCAUGGGAAUUCACUAUGGUACAUCUAGUAGUAUUAUCCCUUACGAUCAUCCUACGGCUAUGGUUGCUCCGAUGCCCAAUCUGAUCUGUUACAAUCCCAUGUUGGCAACUAUUGAUGAGAUGACCAUGGCCAACAAUGCCGGAGGAGGACUGGUGCAUCCUUGCUACUUCUCAUCAAACAUGCAAGCAAUGAUACAUCCCUAUUUUACACCACAGCUGCAUCAGAUCAAUGAGUUUCACCAUUCUUUGGAUGAUCAAUGGCCAUAGAUUCUCUAUUGUUAUUUUAGUCUAUAGAUCUGACCACAGCUCUGACUAUCCCAAUUUUGCCGUUGUAGUUUAUCUUUUUUGAAAAGGUAGAACUUUGAAGUGGAUGGGAUAUGAUUAAUUGUUAGAUGACUUAAAUGUAAGUACUAUAUUGAUUCAUUCGUGAUUUAAGAGAA